AUGGCGUCCGGCUCGUCCUUUCCGACUCCACCCUUGGGGCCGGACGAGAAGCCCCGGGACCUCUGGUACGUGGGCGCGAUCAUCAACGUGGUGGGGAGUAUAGCUAUCAACCUUGGAACGAACCUGAUGAAGCUUGGCCACAAUAAGCGUGCGAAGGUGGAGUACGCAGAGGCGCAAAAGCCCCCCGUGCACAAAUUCAAGGAAUGGGUUAUUGGGAUGUCAUUUUUCUCCGUUGGCAACAUUCUCAAUUUCGUAUCUUUCGGCUUUGCGGCCCAAUCGUUGCUGGCGGCCCUUGGAAGCAUUCAAUUUGUAUCAAACGUUAUCUUCGCUUAUUUUGUGCUGCACGAACAGAUCAACAGAAUGAUUCUUAUAGCAACCGCGUGCAUCGUCGGGGGUUGCAUACUUCUGGUGGUCUUCGGUAACCAGACGUCCGCAACAUACACGGUCAAGGAGCUUACGCAGCUUUACACAAAGCCAGCCUACGUCGUGUACCUCUGCCUGUUGGGGGUCGGCGUCGUCGGGGGAUAUAUCCUGUACCUCCAUGUGCUGACCGUUCUUUUCCCUACAUGCAGUAAAAAUGGGCAGAAGGGUAUCUGGUAUGCGCUGCUCCCCGUGGCUUAUUCCGUCUUCUCGGCGCUUAUCGGAACUCAGAGCGUCCUUUUCAGCAAAAGUAUGUCGGUUAUCUUGCGGUUAACUUUCACCGGUGAGAAUCAGCUUGGCAACUGGUACACGUGGCUGGUGCUGCCGCUUUUCCUACUGACCGCCGUGUUCUGGAUUACACGUCUCAACAAGGGCUUGCGGAUGUUCCCUGCCAUGAUCAUCGUCCCGGUCAUGCAGAUCGCAUGGACCCUCUUUUCCAUCGUGUCGGGCAUGCUGUACUUCCAGGAGUACAAGGGCUUCACACCUCUCAAGUCGAUAAUGUUCCCGAUCGGCGUCCUUGUAAGUCGGGAACGCAGCUGGCGGAACUGCAGUCCCUCCGUACAUAUACUAGCUUGCAUCGGGAAUAAGGUUUGUGUCAGCGGGGGCUGA